UCCCGUGUAUAGCCGCGCUGACUACAUAUCCCAGAAAACCUUGCCUCCAGACGUCAUUAGGGCUUUGCGGAAGUGCAACUGUAGCAUUAGAGUGAAUUUCUUUAUCGUUUGCUGCUUGCUGGCUCCAUAGCUUUUACACGGUCACCAACAAACCGACUGGUUUACACCCAAACUUUCGCAAGCAAUGGCAGCUUUGAAAUACGCAGGGAUGGAUGAUACUGACAGCGAGGAUGAACUUCCUCCCGGAUGGGAAGAAAGGUCUACAAAGGAUGGUUGGGUUUACUAUGCCAACCACGACGAGAUGAAGACCCAGUGGGAGCAUCCUAAAACUGGGAAGAAGAAGCGCUGUGCCGGAGAUCUACCCUACGGGUGGGAGCAGGAGACAGAUGACAAGGGACAAAUUUAUUAUGUUGACCACAUCAAUAAGAGGAAGACGUACUUUGAUCCUCGGCAAGCGUUCACUGUAGAGGAUGUGCAGGUGAAGCCCAAACGCUUUGACGGCAACACCAGCGCUCUGGAGAUCCUACAAGGCCGUGAUCUUUCUAACAAAGUCAUACUCAUCACCGGGGCCAAUUCUGGCAUUGGUUUUGAGACAGCACGGUCCUUUGCUUUGCAUGGUGCCCAUGUGAUCUUGGCCUGCCGCAACAAAACCCGAAGCAGCAAAGCAGUUGGUCUGAUCCUACAGGAGUGGAACAAAGCCCACGUCGAGGCCAUGCCGCUGGACUUGGCCUCGCUGAGGAGUGUCCGAGAGUUCGCGGAGUCCUUCAAAGCCAAGAAACUCGCUCUACUGCUAGUUCCUACAGCUCAGAUACCACUCAGCCUGCCGCGCCCCACACCCAUGGACGUGGACCCCCGAGUCUGCUCUGGUCCCUGGGACGGAAUAACUGAGCAACCCCUUCUUCCCCUGCCAAGGCCUCUCCAUGUCCUGGUGUGUAACGCAGCCGUGUGCUCGCAGCCCUGGCGUCUGACUGAGGAUGGGCUGGAGUCCACCUUCCAGAUCUGCCACCUGGGCCACUUCUACCUGGUGCAGCUGCUGCAGGACGUGCUGCGCCGCUCGGCCCCCGCCCGCGUCCUGGUGCUCUCCUCCGAGUCCCACAGGUUCACAGACCUGGUGGACUCGUGUGGCAAGGUGGACCUGUGCCUGCUGUCCCCACCGCGCAGAGCCUACUGGUCCAUGCUGGCCUACAACCGCGCCAAGCUCUGCAACAUCCUCUUCUCCAGCGAGCUGCAUCGCCGCCUUUCGCCCUACGGGGUCAGCUCCAACGCCGUGCACCCCGGGAACAUGAUGUACACCGGCAUCCACCGCGGCUGGUGGCUCAUGACUCUCCUCUUCACACUGGCCCGGCCUUUCACCAAGUCACUGCCCAGCGCUGAUCCUGGCUCAUCUCCCGUACCCAGCCCUGCGCUGAUCCUGGCUCAUCUCCCGUACCCAGCCCUGUGCUGAUCCUGGCUCAUCUCCCAUUCCCAGCCCAGCGCUGAUCCUGGCUCAUCUCCCGUACCCAGCCCUGCGCUGAUCCUGGCUCAUCUCCCGUACCCAGCCCAGCGCUGAUCCUGGCUCAUCUCCCGUACCCAGCCCUGCGCUGAUCCUGGCUCAUCUCCCAUUCCCAGCCCAGCGCUGAUCCUGGCUCAUCUCCCGUACCCAGCCCUGCGCUGAUACUGGCUCAUCCCCCAUUCCCAGCCCAGCGCUGAUCCUGGCUCAUCUCCCGUACCCAGCCCUGCGCUGAUCCUGGCUCAUCUCCCGUACCCAGCCCUGUGCUGAUCCUGGCUCAUCUCCCAUUCCCAGCCCAGCGCUGAUCCUGGCUCAUCUCCCGUACCCAGCCCUGCGCUGAUCCUGGCUCAUCUCCCGUACCCAGCCCAGCGCUGAUCCUGGCUCAUCUCCCGUACCCAGCCCUGCGCUGAUCCUGGCUCAUCUCCCGUACCCAGCCCUGCGCUGAUCCUGGCUCAUCUCCCGUACCCAGCCCUGCGCUGAUCCU